CAAGCAUUCUCAGUCGCGUUUUCAAACAGCCAUGUCCAAACCUGUCGAGCAAAAGGCAAAUUCCAAUUUGGCUGCCAUUACUGCUCUGAAAACUCUGUUUGAGGAUCUUUCUACGAAAUGGCGCUUGGCAGAAGAUAAUGCUGUCCUGGCUGAAGGCCAAGCCGGUGUCGACACCGCCAAUUUACACCCAUUUGGCACAGUUAACAUUGACAAAUGUCGCCAGGAUUUCUUAAACUUAACCACGGCUGUACGAACUAAUUGCUCACAAUUUGAAAGCGAGGUCAUUAGCGAUGUCACCAAGAUUGGCAAUGGCGCUGAAUCCGCUUUUCGAAAACAUUUGAUGCACUUGAAGGAACAAGCCAAUUUUGAAAGCACGGUCGUCAGAGUUAAAGGCAACCUUCAACAAACAAUUCGAAAGCUGAGUGGAGCAGUUACCAACACGGACUCGGCCCCGUAUUCCACCAUGAAGAUCAAUGCACUACGAGAACUUGCCGAGGAGCUUGGUCUUGAAUGUUACCUAGAUACGUCCGAAAAGCCAGGUUUCGAAUCUUCAGUCACAACUAUUACUGCAGCUGGAAACAUUAUUGUCGUUGAUAUCGAUAUAGAUGAGAAAGGCGUCGUAUUGAAAGCUAAACUAACUUAUGCAAGCGACAUACAUCAAAACGACAAGGUGGAUAAAAUCCUGUUAGAGAACUUGCAAUUGGACGACCCUUCAGAAUUUCGUACAAACUUGAGCGUUCUAGCUUUUUGUGACAAGAUGAACACAAAGCAUAAGCCUAUAGAUUUUUUCAUCAUCAUGAAAGAUUUGACUGAGGAUUUAAGAACUAUCUAUAACCAGGAAAUAUUGAUGGCCACAAAUGACGUUGGAUUCGUUUUAAAUAACGGCCAUGGUAUACCACAAAUGCAUGUUGCACAUCCUGGUCUAACGAUAUAUUAUUGGGCUGGUCCCGCGGAAUUACUUGAUACUCAGUGGGGACAGCUUCAAGCAACCAUCGAGAAUGCCGAAGUUCCAAGUACUUUAAAAAAUGCAGCAAAACUGUGGAUCACGUUUGCGGAAUCCAGCAACAUUAUAACAUACCCUCCAGCACCGAAGCCACACUAUCUAUUGUCAUUUGAUGAUACUCAAGAGAACAUUCAAGCUGAACCAAAUGGGGAGCAUUUCAUAAUUUUAGACGAACCUCAGUUCAAUGAUGCGGCUGCAUCCAUUCGUUAUAUCAAAACUCUCCCAACUCAUCCAGAAGCUGUCUCUGUACCAAUAUGCUUUGUAGCCAAUUUUGAACAACCCAUACCUGCAUCAGAAUACACAUGCUCACGCCUCGCAAAAUUGAUUGGACUGUCAGGAACCAAUUCGCAGCAGACUUAUGGAAAUAUUGCUAUGAGCACCGAAGGAGAUACGUGCCUGGAAGCAUUGUUGAUUGAAGACUGCGCUACUGGUGAACAAAGUGAAUCAAAGCAAAAAGGAGAUGUGUCCAACUUACUUGGAGAUAAUAUGCAAUGGAAUGUGAACAUAGACAAUAUGCAUCAGCAAUAUGUAUAUACCAAAUCCACCUCUAUCAGAGGAAAGCUACUCCAUCGCAUCCCAUUCGAACACCCAGUACAGCUGCUUAAUAUUUUGCAGAUUUUACGGAAACAAAUCGUCUUUAAUCACUUAUUCCGUAGUGUAUUUAAUCGCGAAAGUAUGCCGAAGGAAGCAGGAGAACAGCCUGUUAAAUCUGAGAUAUCUCUGGCAGAUUUGCUCCAAGACGAGGACGAUGAUACCAAUUCCAUGAACCUGGAGGUGGCUGUUUUGCAAGCACCAUCAUCAAUACAAGUGACGAUGAUGGCACCCAAGUCAGACAACGAUAUCUUUUUACUUGUCACUUUCAUCAUCAAUAUCUCGGAUGCAGCUCCAACGACACCCACUGUGACUAUGCAAAAACCAACUUCUCUCGAUGUGAAUGGAGAGCAGCAAAUGGCGUGGAAUACUGAGAUAUUUGACCAGCAAAAGAUGAACACCGUCAUCCAACAAACGUGUAGUAUCCCUUUGUUGGCUCGCUGGAUGUGGAAUAGAAUGAAGGCAUCUGCAGAGCCUUACGUCGUUGCAAGUGCCAAAAAGUCAUUUGCCAGGACGAAUUCUUACUUCGACAAGUCAGACUCGAGUAACAAGCGGCUGCGAAGUUUGAUGGGCAGUCAAUUAGGCGCAAAGAGCAUGGACAUAGAUUAAUGGCUUUGAUCAUCUCUAUAUGAAAAUAAAGCAUCAUAAAGAUAG